AUGGCUCGUAUUGAACUCAUACGUAGAUUGCGACUAUUCACAGUUUUACGUCGAAUGUCAGAUUAUGAUAAUCGAUUUGGUACAACCAAACUAGUGAUGCCAGUUGUUUCACGUCCUGCUUCAUUUUUUUCUUUCAUCAAGUCGAAGCUUAGUGAAGCUGCCUCUAGUCAGUCUAAAGACUCUCAGAGUGUACCAAAUGACAGUGAGUGGUUGGAUGCAGUCCAAGAAGUUGAAAAAUCGGAAUUGUUACAUUGGAAAGGAUCUGAUACUAGUAUGACUAGGACAGAACUUCGAAAAUGGAAGAAACGUACAUUCCUUCAUAUUUUAGAAAUGUUUAUUCAACGAUCAGGACCAAGUCGUAAAGGAUUUACUUCGUUCAUUGAAAACGCACUAACUAAAAUGCCUGAAUAUGAAGUGGUUGAUGAUUUAGAUUGUUAUAAAGCAGUAAUUCGUUUAUUUCCUACUGGACGAAUGGUUGUGAAACGUUUCUUACAAGCUGAUUUUGGUCAUUUUCCAAAACAACAACAAGUUAUGAUUGACAUAUUAAGUCAAAUGUCAAGAUAUCACGUCCUACCAGAUGAUGAAGUUGGCCAAAUGAUUAUCGACAUUUUCGGUUGGCGUAAUCAUGCUAUGAAUGCUUAUCGUCGUCUAAUGUAUUGGAUGCCUAAAUUGUAUUAUAGUAAUCCAUGGACAUUACCACUUCGUAUCGUUGAUGAUCUUGAUUUAGAUCCCAUUAAAUUGGGCUGUUUAAUUGCUGAAAGAAUAUGCCCCGAUCGGAUGACAGAAUUCACUGUUGUACAGAUGUCUUCAUCUAAUCCUGAUAGACCAGAUUCACUUAUCAGUGCUCAAAGUCCUGAACAGCGUGCAUUACUAGCAUAUUGUACUAAUAAACAAAUUCACAAUGAUCAGAUAAAUAAUACUCAAUGUACAAAACCAACGAUUUAUUUAGAUGGACCACAUUAUGUAUGGUUUAGAAAUUUACAAGCUGCUUAUUACACCUUAUGGACAGAGAUCGAUGCUGAUCGAUUAAAAAAAGAAAUUAAUUCAGUAAAAGUUAACCAAGUGCCAAAGCAUAGUGCAGACGAACCAUAUAAUCUUUCAUUCUUCAACUAUUCUAAUGAUAGUUCAAAUAUAGUACUGAAUAGUUCCAAUUCCCAAAAUGCGAAUCGCUCACUUUUUCCACAUAUGAGUCUUCUUCCUACAGUGAGUUCAGUCGGUACUGAAUUGCAUCAUUGUAAUGAAGAUAAUGUCUUUACAAGAUUUAUAAGUAAGUGUGAACCAGAAUUCGAUAAACGUUGGCUUUCAAUUCGUCAAAGUCAUGUCUAUAAAUAUUUACCAUCCAAUCUAUGUCAACAUGAACAAGGUGAGGGUACAAUACUUGCUGUUGGAGUUGUUGUACCUAAACCAGAUGCUUUGGAUAAUCAGAAAAAGUUAUAUGAUUGGGAAGUUUCUAACAGAAUUCAUCAUACAGAUUCAAAAGACUGUAAACAACGAAAUCAAAAAGAAAGAUACAAUUUACCACAAAUCCCAUCACCUGCAUCUUCCGCACUUAUUCGACUUUGGUUAAGUGAACUGCACGCUAAAAAUCCUUUCUUUGAUGAUGCUGCAUUAAUUAUUCGAGUUCCAAUGAAUAUUGAUCAGGGCCAAAAAUCUGGAAAUAAUAGUCGUACUGAUGAUGAUUUACAUUUAGAGAAUCAAGAUAAGGAUAUUAAGUAUGAAUCGUGUAAUUAA